AAUAAAAAAAACUGAAAAAAAAAAAAAAACAUGACAAACAUAAGAACAGCAAAACUUAUGUGUGGUGUUUUCUCUUUUCUCUGAAAUUCAUUCAUGGCUUCUUCUUCUUCUUCUUUAUUUCGAUGUUUCCUUCAUUUCUUCUUCUUCAUAAUCUCACAAGUCCAAGCUGCAAAUUUACCAUUUCACCCUCGGGAUGUUCUACCUUUAUUACCGAGACAAGUUUCGUGGCCGGUCCUCAACUCUCUCAACAGCCCUGUUGACCUUUUACCGUCCUUUGUCGGCUCUGUUUCGUCGUCGAACCGCAUCGUGAACUGGAAAGGUGCGUGCUUUUAUGAGAACACGGCUUGGGUGGAGUUCCAUAACAAAACCGGCAGUGAAUUUGGCGGUGGAACUCUACAUAUAAAGGUCAGCUACCCCCAUAGUUGGACUUGUAUGGAUCUUUACGUGUUCGCAACUCCGUACCGCGUAACUUGGGAUUAUUAUUUUUUGUCUCGAGAGCAUACGCUCGAAAUCAAGGAAUGGCAAGAUAAAGCUGAGUAUGAAUAUGUGAAAAACAGGGGGAUUUCAAUUUUUCUGAUGCAAGCAGGGAUGCUUGGAACACUUCAGGCUCUAUGGGAUGUGUUUCCCUUGUUUACAAAUACCGGAUGGGGUGAGAAUUCUAAUAUUGGGUUUCUUGAGAAACAUAUGGGGGCUACUUUUGAAGAACGACCUCAGCCGUGGUUUACUAACAUCAGUGUCGAUGAUGUACACUCGGGAGAUUUCCUUGCUAUAUCUAAAAUUCGUGGGCGAUGGGGUGGUUUCGAGACUCUCGAGAAAUGGGUUAGUGGUGCUUAUGCUGGUCAUACUGCUGUUUGUUUAAAGGAUUCCGAAGGGAAGCUAUGGAUUGGUGAAUCAGGACAUGAAAAUGAGAAGGGAGAAGAUAUCAUUGCGAUCGUACCAUGGGAUGAAUGGUGGGAUUUUGAGCUGAACAAGGACGAUUCUAAUCCCCAUAUUGCAUAUCUACCACUGCAUCCCGAUGUUCGAGCAAAGUUUAACGAGACUGCUGCGUGGGAGUACGCGCUAAGCAUGGCAGGCAAACCGUAUGGUUACCAUAACAUGAUAUUUAGCUGGAUAGACACCAUUGGUGGAAAUUAUCCUCCUCCAUUGGAUGCUCACCUGGUAGCUUCAGUUAUGACAGUUUGGAGUAAAAUACAACCCGAAUAUGCAGCUAACAUGUGGAACGAGGCCUUAAACAAGCGGCUUGGAACUCAGGGUCUUAAUCUUUCUGAUAUAUUGGUUGAAACCGAAAAGCGCGGGUCAUCAUUUGAUGAACUGUUGACCAUUCCCGAACAGGAUAAUUGGAUAUAUAGUGAUGGGAAGUCAACAUCAUGCAUUGCUUUCGUUCUCGAAUUAUACAAGGAGGCAGGACUUUUUGAUCCGAUUGCCGACUCUAUUCAAGUCACCGAGUUUACAAUCAAAGAUGCUUAUAGUUUGAAGUUUUUCGAGAAUGAUUCGAGCCGGCUGCCAAAGUGGUGCAAUGACGCAGACAAUGUAAAGCUUCCUUACUGUCAGAUCAAAGGGAAGUAUCGAAUGGAACUACCUGGAUAUAAUUCAAUGGAUCCAUACGUCCAUAUGAAUGAACGUUGUCCUUCUAUGCCUCCAAAGUACUUCAGGCCGCAAAACUGCUAAGACAGCAUCGAUUCUGCCGUUAGUACUUCUAUCAUUUCGGACAAAUUUAUGCGAGAUGGUUCAAGAAAUUUGUGUUUAAUAUCAGUUGUAAAUAUGCUUAGUCACACUAGGAGUGGGUAUGUCAGGUGCCGAAUUCUUGUGAAUGGUAUAUAAAAUGGAAGAACGACAUGAUGCUGAUAGAUUUACGUAAAAAAUCAAUUCUUUCGUUGAA